AUGGCCAGCAGCAUCAUUAAGCGCCGACAGAACGAUAAGGAAUGGCUGCUUCAUCAAUUAAGGCAGCUUCAGGAAGAACUAAAGACGGCUAGCGCGACCAAUGCUGCAAGCGUAUGGACGCUAAAGGGGUUCGUAGCUGAGCUUGAAACAGCGAACGAGAAGAUGGCCGAACUGCAUAAGGAAUUAGCAGAACACGAUGUGUGUAUCCAAGAUGAAAGGCUGCAGUUCUCCAGCGGACUUCGGCCGGCUAUAGGCAGAGCACAGGCCAUCAUCGAAGAAGCGAGAACGACGUCGGGCGCAACCGCGGCGGUCAGUCGAAAGGCCCCAAAACUACCUGAGUUGGGGUUACCAGCAUUCGACGGAAGGUUUGAAAAAUGGCCCGGUUUUCGUGAUGCUUUCACCACGCUCAUCCACGAAAACGUAAGCAUCGCCGAAGUCGAAAAGUUUAUGUACCUGCGAGGGUGCCUGUCGGGAGAGCCAGCUUCGAUUGUGCAUGCGGUGCCAUUGUCCGACGUCGGAUACAGUACGGCCUGGCGACUGCUCGAAGAGCACUAUGAAAACAAAGCGUGCUUGAUUCGAGCACAUGUCGAUGCAUUGCUUGACUUGCCUCUUACGAAGAGAGACAAUCAGAGCAGUUUGCAGACUCUGCUCAACGCAUUACGGAGCAACAUAGCCGCUUUGAAGGUCUUGAAGCGCCCGGUUGAGCAAUGGAGCGACUUGUUGGUGCGGAUCAUUGUCCGACGACUCGAUGCGCAGCUACAGAAGGAUUGGGAAAUGUGUGCUCAUAAAGAUGCGGAUGGAAGUAAGGUCCCAACCUACGAAGAGUUGUUCGAGUUUUUGCAAACGCGUUCACGGCAGCUAGCAGCAACACAAAGCAACGCAGCACCCCGGGAGACUGGCGACCGUUACCAAACACAUGCUCGACAAGUGAUGGUGACAACAUCUGUUGGGAGUUGCGCUGUAUGCGCAGGUAGCCACAGCACUAGAAACUGCCCCGAGUUCAUAAACUUGACCGUGGACCAACGAUGGCAAGCUGCAAGGGACAAGCGCAUGUGCUUCAAUUGUCUGAGGCUUGGCCACAACCUACCUAGAUGCCCCAGCCGAUCAACAUGUCGCUCGUGUGGUAAGAAACACCACUCAGUUUUGCAUUCGAAUGUUACGAACACGACCGCGAUCAUAAACCCGCCCGUAAACUCUGUCGAUGUCGUCGAGGAAGAGCCGGCUAUUGAGAUGUCGGAGGCGCAAGCAGUUAAUUUAGCGUCUCAAGAAUCGGCCGUGUUGUUGUCCACAAGUCUGGUAAAAUUGAUUGAUUCCGAUAAUCGCGAACACGAGGUCCGCGCCUUGUUGGACACCGGGUCGGUGGUGAACCUGAUCACCGACUCCUGCGCUCGUCGCCUCGGGUUAAAAAGCGUCGGCUCGCCAAUCCCCCUGUCUCUCGCCGGUGGUAGCCAAACGCAAUCAGAUCGCUUGGUGCGCACCACAUUGAAAUCGCGCACAUCGGAGUAUACGACGGAUAUCCAGGCGCAUGUUUUGCCUGCAAUCACCGGCUACGUUCCUGGACGCAAUAUAACUACGGGAUUAGCACGAAUUCCUAACAAAAUUGUCUUGGCCGAUCCAGAGUUUAACAACGCAGCGCCGAUCGAGUUGCUGCUGGGCAAUGGUGUGUUGCCUAAACUUCAUGCCGAUGGUCGAAUUGAGAUCGAGGACUUAGUGUUGCGCAACACUAAGCUCGGUUGGAUUCUGGAAGGAAGAUGGCCCGGCGAUGACACCUCGGAGGCAGCGAUGGCAACCCCAUUACCAGUCGCGCACGUGCACAUAAGCGAACUGAUUUCGCAGUUCUGGGCCGUGGAGAACCAUACGUCGCCGACUGUUGAACCGGCAAGCAAGUGUGACAAACAUUUUGCGUCCACUCACACUCGUGAUCCAGAGGGAAGGUUUAUUGUCGCGCUUCCGUUCGCCAAGUCUCCGUCGGAGUUAGGCAACUCAAGCGCUCGAGCGAAGCAAGCGUUCUUGGCCAUGGAACGGCGCUUAACCCGGCACCCAGCGAUGUACGUAAAAUAUCGAGAAUUUAUGCGCGAAUAUAUAGACUUGGGCCAUAUGUCGGCGACCCGGGGAGACAUACACACCGGGUAUUACAUGCCACACCACUGCAUUCUAAAGGAGGCCAGCCUGACGACAAAGUUACGAGUCGUCUUCAAUGCGUCAGCGCCUACAAGUAACGGAACGUCGCUGAAUUCGAUCUUGCAAGUGGGGCCCAAACAACAAGACGAUCUAUUCGCUGUGUUGUUACGGUUUCGGUGCCGACAGUUUGUACUGUCCGCCGACAUCACCAAGAUGUACCGUCAAAUUUGGGUUCGACCCGAGGAUCGUCAAUACCAGCGGAUAUGGUGGCGUGAUGACCAGACGCAGGAAAUGCGCUCCUAUGAGCUUCAGACGGUUACAUAUGGUACAGCGCCAGCCUCGUACCUGGCCAUCAAGGCGUUGCGAGAAGCGGCCCGAUCAGUAGAGGAUCAAUAUCCUAUUGGAGCAAGGGCGUGCUUAAAAGACUUUUAUGUCGACGACCUAUUCACGGGAACCGACACGAAGGAAGAGCUGUCGAAGUUGCGCCGUGAAGUAGAGGCGGUGCUGCUUACCGGAGGCUUCCGGCUGAACAAAUGGGCCAGCAACUGCGAAGAAGUUUUAGCCGACAUUUCCACGCUGCACCAGCGAGAUGGGGUUAUAAUCCACGAGGCAGGGAAUCCCAUAAGCGCAUUGGGAGUCCAAUGGGAACCACGAGCUGACAGCAUUAGGUAUCAAGUGGAUUCCAGUCUUGAUACGCCGCGCACCAAGAGAGCGAUGAUUAGCCAAAUAUGUCGCAUUUUUGACCCGUUGGGACUUCUUGGACCAAUCAUCAUCAUCGCCAAGAUAUUGAUCCAAGAAUUAUGGAAGUUAGGCGUGGGAUGGGAUGAGCCGCUGCCGGAAGAUGCAAUGCGAAGGUGGAUGACCUACCAACAAGCGUUAGAUGGGAUUGAUCGCAUUGUAAUACCAAGGAAGGCUCUGCUUGCAAAGGGGUCAGAAGUGGAACUUCAUGGGUUUGCCGAUGCCAGCGAAUCUGCCUUUGGUGCUUGUGUGUAUCUAGUGACGGUGAAGGCAAACGUGCGUGUCGGGUCGAUGCUGUUGUGCGCUAAGUCACGCGUCGCGCCGGUGAAACAGAUAGAAGCAGUGCUGAACUCUCGGCCUCUUACUCCCCUAUCGGAAGAUCCCAGUGAUCUACAAGCUCUGACACCUGGACACUUCCUGAUCGGAGAAGCCCUCACUGCGCCUCCAACUUCGGAUUUGGAGCACUUGCCGGAUAACCGCCUAUCACGCUGGCAGCUGGUAGAAAAGUUGCGGCAAGACGUGUGGCGCCGCUGGCAUAAGGAGUACUUCGUAGAACUGCAUCAGCGAAGCAAGUGGAGAUCGCCUGCCGUCCCCCUGAGUGUGGACCAGCUGGUGGUGGUACGCGAGGACAAUUUACCACCGCUUCAAUGGCGGCUAGGAAGAGUUGUUGCCGUUCAUCCUGGCAAGGACGGCAUCAUCCGCAGCGCAGCAGUACGGGUUGGGGCCGGAAUCGUUGAUCGGCCAGUAGUGAAAUUAUCGCCUCUCUUUUCAGAACAGUGA